GAAACCCCAAAGGCAAGAGGAAGGGGCAAGGGCGACCUGGGACCCUGGCCCCUGGGCCUCACCACAUGCCACUGGACCUGGUAUCACAGGCGAAGCCAUACACCCGCAUGGAGGAGUAUGAGAGGAACCUUGGGGAGAUGGUGGCGCAGCUGAAGAACAGCUCUGAGCUGGCCAGGAAGAAGUGUGAGGUCAACCUGCAGCUGUGGCUGUCCAACAAGAGGAGUCUAUCACCCUGGGGCUACAGCAUCAACCACGACCCCAGCCGCAUUCCCGUGGACCUGCCGGAGGCGCGGUGCCUGUGCCUGGGCUGUGUGAACCCCUUCACCAUGCAGGAGGACCGCAGCAUGGUGAGCGUACCGGUGUUCAGCCAGGUGCCGGUGCGCCGCCGCCUCUGCCCGUCGCCGCCGCGCACCGGGCCCUGCCGCCAGCGCGCUGUCAUGGAGACCAUCGCUGUGGGCUGCACUUGCAUCUUCUGAGCCCAGCCGGCCGAUCCUGUGCACGCCCAGGCCCAAAGCCAGGCUGGUAGCCG